AUGGAAGAACAACCAGAAACAACAACAAUCACUAAAGUUACUCAAAACGAAGAAUCAAUCACGAUAACCACACAAAAAUCCAAUAAUCAAGAAUUAACCACUACCCAAAAUCCUAAUAAUAAUGAUUUAAAAUCUACACAAGAAUCCAAAACCGUUGAACAAGCUUCGUCGCCGUCAAUUAUUGUUGAAGAAACUCAUGAUAAUGGCUCUUCAUCACCAAAUAUAGAAGUGAACAGUAAAGACUUAUCGUCGUCAACUAUCAUUGAAGAGACAAACGACAAAUAUGAUAACAACAAUGGAAAUAGAUCAUAUGUUGUUAAAGAUAAAAAUGUGAAUGAAAUUUUUGACAUUAACUUGUUGAAUAUUGAUGAUGAAGAUACUCUUUUGGCUGGAUAUGACGAAGAUGAAGGUGAAUCCAGUUGCAAGGAGAAUUAUACCGAUUUGUUGGGUUCCUUAAACGAAUUUAUUAAUUACAAUCAAGGAAAUAGCAACGAAAUUGACAACAUUGAAGACGUCAAAAAUCAGGAUUGUGCUAUGAAAUCUCAAACUGACCAGCUCAUCGAUUUAGGAGAUAACAAUAAUGAUAAUGAAAUCGAGAACAAAUUAAUGGAGAAGACAGAAUUUGACAACGAUCAACACGAUAAUUCGAACCAUAGGCCAAUUAUUGUUGCUGAUCAAACAAACCCACUCGAAGAGACUCUCAAAACGGACGCUUAUGAAAAUAAAAAGGAUAAUUAUGACUUUGACUCUGAUUCUUGCAAUAUUGAAAGUUCUCUCGGCAUGGAAAUAACUAGGGCUUUGGAUGAAGAAAUUCCCGGAAAACAAAUAUUCUACCAAGCAGAUCCUAUGUUGUUUCUUUUAAAUGCGGAAAUCGAGAAUAUUAGAAGAAACUCUCGAGAUAUCAACGAUAUUCAUGCUUUGCUCGAAAUAGAAAAGAACACUAGUCGAAUGAUUCAUGAUCAAAUUUAUACGAAAAUUGGAGAGAUCGAUAAGGUCAAUGAUUUAAAUGAAUUAACGAGGAACGUUUAUAAUCAACAUCAAAGCGUGUCAAAUCAGUUUACUGAAUUUAGAUCAUUGUUGCAGAGUCUCACCGCUCGUCUUAAAGAGACAGAAGCAACUGGUCUACUGAAUAAACGAGCUAUUGAUAAACAACGGGCAGAGUACGAAACAACUUGCAAGAACUUGGAUGAAAAAAUUGAGUCGCACUUUGCACAAAUACAAAAGCUGGCCGAAGAGGAUAAAAUGCAUUACGAACAGAGAUUUAAAGAGGUUUUUCUGCAUAUCGAUCCGUUACAACAGAAUAUUCAGAAGGUUGAAGAAAAUUAUUUUCAGUUUAAAGCAAAUUAUCUCCAGCUUAAAGAAACUCAACUUCAACUUCAACAAGAAAACGGAUCAAAAGAAAUGCAAUCCUUUUACAUAAAGAAUCAAAAAACGCUUGAACAGCGGAUCCACAAGCAGAGAGUUGUUGCUGAUGAACUACAAUUACGCUGUGAUAAUCUCGAAAGCUUUCUGAAACAUAUUGAUUCCAGGGAGAGGGAAUCAUGUAUUGGGUGUAAGGAAAUGGAGAAAAGGUAUUAUAAAUAUGAUACUUUUCUCAAAGAAGUUCAUGCCGAAAUGCGAUUAAGAGCUGCCGAGGAAGAAACAAAAUUCAACGCCAUUUUCCGAAAAGAUAAUGAGAGAAGAGAUAAAAAGUUUGAAGACUUACGCAGAGAACUUACUCAAGACGCGACUAAACGGUAUGACGACUUAAUGAAGAAGUUCAAAAAUGAUCUCAAACAACUUAAAGAUGACAUAGAAAGAUCGAAGAAUCAACAAGAACGAAAACACGCCGACUUGUUUGGCGGUACCUCUUGGGUUUGCAUGAUUUUUGCGGGGUUGAUUGCAGGUUUCAUUAUUAUUUGGGCAUUUGCAUCUGAUUAA